UGUCAGCAUCCAGGUUGGGCUGUACGAUGGCGGUCAGUGGACGUAAGAAGAUUUUACAGCUGGUGACCCGUUUUGGGGUUUUGCUGCUUACUCGGUGCCCGUUCUGGUUCUGUUUCAGUCAGCUCAUGCUAUAUGCCGAGCGGGCCGAGGCCAGGAGGAAGCCGGACAUCCCUGUCCCCUACCUAUACGUUGACCUAGCGGUGGCUGUGCUUUGUGCCAGCUUUAUGUCUUUUGGUGUAAAAAGACGCUGGUUUGCACUCGGAUCGGCGUUGGAACUGGCAGUCGGCACGUACGCAGCCCAUGUUGGUGGCCAUGUCCACUAUGGAGACUGGCUUAAGGUCAGGAUGUAUUCUCGAAUCAUUGCUGUCAUCGGUGGCUUCCUGGUUUUGGCCAGCGGUGCUGGAGAGAUUUACAGACAGAAGCCACGCAGCCGCUCCUUGCAAUCCACUGGACAGGUGUUCCUGGGAAUCUACCUCAUCUGCAUGGCAUACACCCUGCAGCACAGUAAGGAGGACCGCAUGGCCUAUCUGGAUUUUCUUCCAGGGGGGGAGCCAGUCCUGCAGAUGGUUUUUAUCCUAUAUGGGAUAUUGGCUUUGUCAUUCCUGUCUGGAUAUUACGUAAGGGCCGCGGCUCAGGUUCUGGCAGUUCUGCUUCCCCUCACCCUGCUGCUCAUAGAUGGUAACUUGGGUUAUUGGCACAAGAACCGUCGGGUGGAGUUUUGGAACCAAAUGAGACUGAUUGGGCAGAACAUUGGCAUCUUCGGUGCAGCCGUCAUACUGGCCACAGAUGGCUGAUCGGAACAUAAAGCAUGUCAUGAAAUUUCUACCGCCUGAAAGGAGGAGACGUGGUUCGUGGUUGCAUCUUCUUUUACUUUCUCAGUCAUCGGCAAGAGCGUUUGCUGUCCUUUGACAUUUCCAGUUCAUCGCCUAUAAAAUGUGUCUCCUUCAGAUGCCCAUCUGAUGAAACAUUGAUGCAGGAGCUGCAUGCGCACCAAAUUAUGGACUUUUAUAGAUAGAUUUUAAUACCAGAGGCAGAGAAGACCUAGGCUUCAAGAACGCGGCAGAGUAACUAUUAUGGCUUUAUUCACAAACUGAAGAAUACUUCCCUUGUCUGUUUCACUCCACGUAUUUCUGGUUCAUAACAAAUACGAUAUUAUCCUCGCACACAUUUUUGUCAUGCUGCAGAAUACAAAUGCUGCUAAAAGAAAACAUUCUGUGUGGUUUAAUGGAACAUGUUUUUUUUAUAUUUUAUUUAUAAUAAAAAAGCAUGACGUGGUGCAAACCUGCACCAUUUUUAAA